UUUUAUUCUGUUCAAUUACUUAGCUAGGUUUUGAGUUCUUCCUCCAGGAAGGAGGUGGGGGGCGCUAUGUAGCUUGUCUGACUUUGCAUUUCUAGGGUGUAGCCCAAUGCCUGACACACACUAGGUGCUCAAUAUAUGUUUACCGUCAAUAAGGAAAAAUUAACACUUGUAUACGUAUUUGAAUUUUCAUAAACUCACAAGAUCUCACUUAAUCCCCUAGUGUAACUGUAAAAAAUAGUUAAUUACUGCCAUCCUAUCCUUUCUUGUUUACAGCGUACGCAGACUAAGAGGCUAAGUCUCUUGCUCAGCGCCAGUCAAUAGCAAAACGGAACUGUCGGCGGCUUCCUGACUUUAAGUUUCGGGAUCUUGACACCAUGCAGCUGACAGCGAGCAUCUCCAAGUUGGCGCCGCGACUUCACCCACGCGGCGCCGCUCGCGACGCACUUCCGGAUCCCAGGCACAGCGGCGAGCAAAACCUCCGCGGGCCCGUGAGAACCGGGACUACGUCUCCCAGAGAGCUCAGCGGCGAAACCUGAGGCGACUGGUUGCGAUCGACAGCCAAUACGACAGCGAAUAGCUCUUACUGCCCAAUCAGAGGCAGGAGGGGGCGGGACUCUCUCGCUGAGGCUAGACUGGGCUCCCGACUAACCGCGUUCUGAGCUGCCUGAAACUCCAAGGCGCUGAGGGCCGGAUGUCACCUUGUCUUUCGCUCCGGGUCCUCUCUUGAGUCCUUUCCCGCGCCCUCGCGUGACUCCACCUGUGUUGUCGCGUGUCUGGCCGCUAGGCCGGCGCCGAGGACAGGCCGGCUCUCAGGGAGGAAGCACGUGCUCGAGCAGUUGUGGCGCCAAGCGUCUACCUGUCAUCUCGGCGCCCACCCCCAGCCGAGACCCCUGGACGUCGCAGAGUCCCUGGGCCCUCAGUCCCCCCUCGCGACCCGGGCCUCCGGGAGGAGUCGGAAGGUCGCCCGGCCUUCUUUUGGAGGCUUGCUGCGUGCUGCUUGGCGUCGCUCUUGGCCGUCACCUGAGAAGAUCGCGUGUUCCCCGCCGUGCCCUCAGCGCGAGGAGGAGGCUCGGCAACAUGUCACCCGCGCUGUCGCAACCCGCAGGUCUAAAGAAAACCCUGAGGGAUGAGAUUGAAGCCAUUCUGCAGAAGAGGAUUAUGGUGCUAGAUGGAGGGAUGGGGACCAUGAUCCAGCGUCACAAGCUAAGUGAAGAACACUUUCAAGGUCAAGAAUUUAAAGAUCAUGACAGGCCACUGAAAGGCAACAAUGACAUUUUAAGUAUAACUCAGCCUGAUAUCAUUUGCCAAAUUCAUAAGGAAUACUUGCUGGCUGGGGCGGAUAUCAUUGAGACAAAUACUUUUAGCAGCACCAGUAUUGCCCAAGCUGAUUAUGGCCUUGAACACUUGGCCUACCAGAUGAACAAGUGCUCUGCAGGAGUGGCCAGGAAAGCUGCCGAGGAGAUCACUCUCCAGACAGGAAUUAAGAGGUUUGUGGCAGGAGCUCUGGGCCCAACUAAUAAGACACUCUCUGUGUCCCCAUCUGUGGAAAGACCAGAUUAUAGGAACAUCACAUUUGAUGAACUUGUUGAAGCAUAUGAAGACCAAGCCAAAGGACUUUUGGAUGGGGGGGUUGAUAUCUUACUCAUUGAAACGAUUUUUGAUACUGCCAAUGCCAAGGCAGCCUUAUUUGCGCUUCAGAAACUUUUUGAAGAAAACUAUGCUCCCCGGCCUAUCUUCAUUUCAGGAACGAUUGUUGAUAAAAGUGGGCGCACUCUUUCUGGACAGACAGGAGAGGCAUUUGUCAUCAGUGUGUCACAUGCCGACUCUCUCUGCAUUGGAUUAAAUUGCGCUUUGGGUGCAGCUGAAAUGAGACCUUUUAUUGAAACCAUUGGAAAAUGUACAACAGCCUAUGUCCUCUGUUAUCCCAAUGCAGGUCUGCCCAACACCUUUGGUGACUAUGAUGAAACGCCCUCUGUCAUGGCCACAUACCUAAAGGACUUUGCUAUGGAUGGCUUGGUCAAUGUAGUUGGGGGAUGCUGUGGUUCAACACCAGAUCAUAUCAGGGAAAUUGCCAAAGCUGUGAAAAAUUGUAAACCCAGAGUUCCACCUGCCACUGUUUUUGAAGGACAUAUGUUAUUGUCUGGUCUAGAGCCCUUCAAGAUUGGACCGUACACCAACUUUGUUAACAUUGGAGAGCGCUGUAACGUUGCAGGAUCAAGGAAGUUUGCUAAACUCAUCAUGGCAGGAAACUAUGAAGAAGCCCUGAGUGUUGCCAAGGUGCAGGUGGAAAUGGGAGCCCAGAUAUUGGAUAUCAACAUGGAUGAUGGCAUGCUAGAUGGUCCGAGUGCAAUGACCAGAUUUUGCAACUUUAUUGCUUCUGAGCCUGACAUUGCCAAGGUGCCCUUGUGCAUCGACUCUUCUAAUUUCGCUGUGAUUGAAGCUGGGUUGAAGUGCAGCCAAGGGAAAUGCAUUGUCAACAGCAUUAGUCUGAAGGAGGGAGAGGAGGACUUCUUGGAGAAGGCCAGGAAGAUCAAGAAGUAUGGAGCUGCUGUGGUGGUCAUGGCUUUUGAUGAGGAAGGACAGGCAACAGAAACAGACACCAAAAUCAAAGUGUGUACUCGAGCUUACCAACUACUUGUGAAUAAUCUGGGUUUUAACCCCAAUGACAUCAUUUUUGACCCUAAUAUCUUAACCAUUGGUACUGGGAUGGAAGAACACAAUUUGUAUGCUGUUAAUUAUAUCCAUGCAACAAAAAUUAUUAAGGACACGUUACCUGGAGCCAGAAUAAGCGGAGGCCUUUCCAACCUGUCCUUCUCCUUCCGAGGAAUGGAAGCCAUUCGUGAAGCCAUGCACGGGGUGUUCCUUUAUCAUGCGAUCAAGUUUGGUAUGGACAUGGGCAUAGUCAAUGCUGGAAACCUGCCUGUGUACGAUGAUAUCCAUAAGGAACUUCUGCAGCUCUGUGAGGAUCUGAUCUGGAAUAAAGACCCUGAAGCCACUGAGAAGCUCUUACGCUAUGCCCAGACUCAUGGCAAAGGAGGGAAGAAAGUCAUCCAGACCGACGAGUGGCGGAGUGGCCCUGUCGAGGAACGCCUGGAGUAUGCCCUUGUGAAGGGCAUUGAAAAGCAUAUUAUUGAAGAUACUGAGGAAGCCAGGUUAAACCAGGAAAAAUAUCCCCGACCUCUGAAUAUAAUUGAAGGACCUCUGAUGAAUGGCAUGAAAGUUGUCGGUGAUCUUUUUGGAGCUGGAAAAAUGUUUCUGCCUCAGGUUAUAAAGUCAGCCCGGGUUAUGAAGAAGGCUGUUGGCCAUCUUAUCCCCUUCAUGGAGAAAGAAAGAGAAGAAACCAGAGUGCUUAAUGGCACUGUCGAGGAAGAGGACCCUUACCAAGGCACCAUUGUGCUGGCCACUGUUAAAGGAGACGUGCAUGACAUAGGCAAGAACAUAGUUGGAGUAGUCCUUGGCUGCAAUAAUUUCAGAGUUAUCGAUCUAGGAGUCAUGACUCCCUGCGAGAAGAUCCUGAAAGCCGCUAUUGACCACAAAGCAGAUAUAAUAGGCUUGUCAGGACUCAUCACUCCUUCACUGGAUGAAAUGAUUUUUGUUGCCAAGGAAAUGGAGAGGUUAGCUAUAAAGAUUCCAUUGUUGAUUGGAGGGGCCACCACUUCGAGAACCCACACAGCAGUUAAAAUAGCUCCGAGGUACAGUGCGCCUGUGAUCCACGUCCUGGAUGCAUCCAAGAGUGUGGUGGUGUGUUCUCAACUGUUAGAUGAAAAUCUAAAGGAUGACUACUUCGAGGAGAUCAUGGAAGAAUAUGAAGAUAUUAGACAAGACCAUUAUGAGUCUCUCAAGGAGAAGAAAUACUUAUCCCUAAGUCAAGCCAGAAAAAAUGGUUUCCAUAUUGAUUGGCUGUCUGAACCUCGCCCAGUGAAGCCCACGUUUACUGGGACCCGGGUCUUCGAAGAUUAUGACCUGCAGAAGCUGGUGGACUACAUUGACUGGAAGCCUUUCUUUGAUGUCUGGCAGCUCCGGGGCAAGUACCCGAACCGAGGCUUUCCCAAGAUAUUUAACGACAAGACAGUAGGUGAAGAGGCCAGAAAGGUCUAUGAUGAUGCCCAAAAUAUGCUGAACACACUGAUUAGUCAAAAGAAGCUCCAAGCCAGGGGUGUGGUAGGAUUCUGGCCAGCCCAGAGUGUUCAAGACGAUAUUCACCUGUAUGCAGAGGAUGCCAUGCCCCAGGCUGCAGAGCCCAUUGCCACCUUUCACGGAUUAAGGCAGCAGGCCGAGAAGGACUCCGCCAGCACGGAGCCGUACUGCUGCCUCUCAGACUUCAUUGCACCUCUGCAUUCCGGUGUCCGCGACUACCUGGGCCUGUUUGCCGUCGCCUGCUUUGGGGUGGAAGAACUGAGCAAGGCCUAUGAGGACGACAGUGACGACUACAGCAGCAUCAUGGUCAAGGCGCUGGGGGACCGGCUGGCGGAGGCCUUUGCAGAAGAGCUCCACGAAAGGGUCCGCCGAGAACUGUGGGCCUACUGCGGCAGCGAGCGGUUGGACGUGGCAGACCUGCGCAGGCUGCGCUAUGAGGGCAUCCGCCCAGCUCCUGGGUAUCCCAGCCAGCCCGACCACACUGAGAAGCUGUCCAUGUGGAGACUGGCUGACAUCGAGCAGGCCACAGGCAUUCAGUUGACAGAGUCCCUAGCAAUGGCACCCGCCUCCGCAGUGUCAGGCCUCUACUUCUCCAACUUGAAGUCCAAAUAUUUUGCUGUGGGGAAAAUUUCCAAGGAUCAGAUUGAGGAUUACGCUUUGAGGAAGAACAUGUCUGUGGCUGAGGUUGAGAAAUGGCUUGGACCCAUUUUGGGAUAUGAUACUGACUAACUUUUUUUUGCCUUUCCUAUACUUGGUGGUCUUCAAGGAAAUAUAAUCCAAAGUGCCUUAAAAAUAAUAACAAAAUUUCCACGUGUACCUGGCUGACACUCCCCUGCUUCUGGUUUUGGAAGACUGUUUGGGGGGAGGAGGGUGAGGAGCAGGGUCUUCCUAUAGUUCUGGAAAACACGUGUUGUUUUUUCAGGUCCUUUAGUGGAUUGUCAAGAGCAGGGCUCCGAUGGUAUCUCUGGUCCUGCUCAGACUGAGACAAACUGGAGAUAGAGGUCUUUUGCAUUUCAAAACAAAUCAGCUUGCUUUUUCCAUUUUUACCUUAAAUCUGGGAGGCCACUUAGUUCUCUUUUUUUUUCCCCCUGUGAGAAAAAACAGCCUGAAAGUCAGUUGAAUAGACAGAUGUGACCCUGUAGCAAAAUGACGCUGUGAGAAAUGGGGCAUUUUAGUGUAAAUGGUUAUAACAGUGGACUCUGGCAGGGAAGAAAAUAUAGCACUGUUCUCUGUCUUUGGAAGACCUCAUUUUCCAGAGCCUCGAUUAAAUGAUUGCGGAAUUCCCUUUGGCAGAAGGCGUUCUCUUGCUGCCUGCUUGUCAGAAAUAAUCAAGCUGUUUGCCCCAGAGUGGUCAAAUAAGUCAUGCUCACCGAGCAUUUUUGUCCUAUAAUUUCAUAUUCCCUUGCCUUGAGGAAGAAAAGAGACAGGGUGGUUAACAUCUUUUUAAUCAUUUUUGGAAUUGAGCAGGUUCUUGGCUAAGCUGUGAUACCGUGUGCAGAGUUGGGCAGGUGGGCAGCAUAACACUAGUUAUUUCUUAUCAUUUUAUUCUCCUUAAAUUCUCGAUGUAUUCAGUAAUGAAGAGUGGUGCCACCACCCCAACCACAAGGCUCAAACUUAGCCCAGGCCAUCUUUUUCUUGGAUGAAAAGAAAAUUGUACAAGUUAUGUAAAAAAUGUACACAUGGAAGACACAUUGUCCUGCUUUAGUUGGGCUGGUGGUGGACACAGUCUGGAGGAGGCAGCCGGUGAGGUCUGAUUUGGAAUUUGAAGGAUGAAGAUGAAGACUCAGGGAGGAACAAAUGAAGAACUAUCUUUGUUCAUGAAUAGGAAUAUUAAAGGCAUUGGAGCUCCCACAAUUGAUCUGUAGAUUCAGUCUUUUGACACAAAGCACCAACUGUAAAAGAAAAGAUGAGUAAAUCAACUUUAUUAAACCUAAGGGCUUAUGUAAGUCAAACACUAAGUUAAAAGACAAGCCACAAUUUGAGAGUCAUUUACAAUACAAAUAACUAACAAAGGAUUAGUAAUCAUAAUAUAUAGAGAAUUCCUAUUAAAAAAAAAUUAGAAAAAUAGAGAAGACUUGAAAAGAUUUCACAGGAGAGAAAGCUUGUAAACAAAUAGAAAAAUGAUAUGCGGUGUUGAUGGUCAGGGAAAUGUGAAUUAAGACCAUAUUAAAAUUCCAUUUUACAUCCAGAAAGUUUACAAAAGUUGGCUCUGACAGUACCAGGUGUUAAGAUCUGUGGGAAUUUAUACAUUGAUGUGGGUGUUUAACAGGCACGGCUACUUUAGAAAACAAUUACACCUUACAAACUUGAACGAACAUUUGCAGACCUUAUGAUCUAGCUCCCGACUCCCACUUGUAUGGCAACAAAUUCUGGCACAUGGCCACCAGGAGGCACGUGCAGGAGUGUUCACAGUAACAUAAUCACAAUACUUAAUAACUGGAAAAAGUAAAAUGUCUGUCGGCAGAAGAGCUGAGUAACAUCCUUGGGGGUAUUAUUAUUAUUAUUUUUUUUUUGUAGAGACAGAGUCUCACUGUACCGCCCGAGGGUAGAGUGCCGUGGCGUCACACGGCUCACAGCAACCUCCAGCUCUUGGGCUUACGCAAUUCUCUCGCCUCAGCCUCCCGAGCAGCUGGGACUACAGGCGCCCACCACAAUGCCCGGCUAUUUUUUUUGUUGCAGUUUGGCCGGGGCUGGGCUUGAACCCAUCACCCUCGGUAUAUGGGGCCGGCGCCCUACUCACUGAUGAACGAACCACAGCUAUACCUCACAAUAAAUACAAAUCUCAGAAAGUAGUAAGAAGAAAGGAAGUUGCAGGAAGCUGCAUAUGGUUUUUAUUGAGCUCAGAAAGCAACCAAAGAAUAUAUUAUGUAAGCAUACAUGUGCAAUAGAAGUAUGUUGUAAAAGAAAAAGAAGUAACAAUGAGAAACCACAAUUUUGCCUGGUGAUUAUUCAUGAGGGGAUGAGAGAGGAACAUAGGGUAGAUGCAAGUUAUGAGGAAUGUUCUAGUUCUUAGGUGUAAGCUUACGAGUGUUUAUUAUAACAGUUAUGUAUGUAUUAAAUGUGCUGUACUUAAUACCUGCAUUGAAUAUUUUGUAAAAAAUAAAAGCAAAGUGGAAUGAUA